AUGUAUAAUCAUAAACAAGAAAUAAGCAAUAGUGACUCUGAAUUUAGUGAAGAUGAGCUUGAAGUGUAUUUUUUACAAAAUCAUCAUAAUAAACAUUUGAUAGAUGGCUUUCCAGUAAAUCCCAAAUAUCUAGCUCAAGAAACAGUUGAUACUGUUAGAAUUGGAGGCAAAGCAGAGGAUGACCAUGCAGAUCAAGAGCUAAUCAUGAUGAUAGAUCUAGUCAACAAAUUACAACUUAGAAUAGUAACCUCUUUAAUGUUAUUUUAUGGAUUUUUUUCAAUUGAAUCUCUUAGACAAAUAGUAGAAUCAACAAAUAAAUACAGUGCUAUUCAAAAUUCAAAAGAUAGUAAAGAAUUUCAUACACAUCUUGUUUGGGAACUUAUACAAGCUUCAGUAAGCCAAAUUCCUAAUACAAGAAAUUCACAAUAUUCAAUUACUAAUCCUCCUGUUUCAAAUAUUAAUAUUGCUUAUGUUAGUAAGAACUUCGAGCUUCCAACAUGUUGA